CACACGCACCCACACCCACACUCCACCUCUCCACCUCUUUCUGCAAGGGUUUCCAGUUACAACACUACAUAAUGACCUACAGCUGUUGUCGUCUCCAUUCUGUCUGUCCAGUGUUCCGUUCCAGUUGUCCGCCAUCACGCUAUGACGAUGUGCCACUGCUCGUCGCGCACGUUGCCCACAUGCGACGCUCGACUGUCUACAGCCCAUGCAUGCAUGUCCCAGCAGUGUGGUGGUCAAAAAGAGAGCUAAAGCUAGUCAGACGUGUCACUGGCGCUGAUCACGAUCACACUGCUGCUAUUUACGACCUCAAAGACGUACAGUCCUGCACGACUUGUAUCGGCCUGCCAGUCACAAUAUAUGUUCACGGCACGAGGCUCGCUUACAACGUCUGCCUACAUCACCUACACGCACGGUGGUGGUCGUGUUGAGGCGACAAGGAAUGAAUGCCAUGUGUUCAAAGUUUGAGGUGUCGUCUGAAACUACAGAUCCAUACAAGGCUAGCCUCAGCGGUGGCCGAUCCCGACUGCACGUGAGUCGAUCAUGCCAAGCCUUUUGUCGAAGCAGCAAGUGCGACCCCGUACACCCUUCCCUUUUCUGACAGGCUCGUUCGUACAUUCCCAAUCGAGAGUUUCACUAUUAUGGCCAUCAUUGAAGUAC